UUUUGCUUCUUCCAUGCUCAUGAGCGAGCCCAACGUGGCUUUUUCCUCCACAGUAUUUUAUUUCUUCACAUAUUUAAUGCUGACAUGUUCAUUAGUGAAACCAUUUGUUAUAAAAAUUGAAAACAACCAACAAACGUUAAACGACGUGAGAAUCAACUCGUGAAGAGUCACUGGAUCUCGAGGAAACAUGUUUAUAGAAGAAGAAGACUGGAGUGACGAUCCAGACGCAAAAGUCCUGAGUGAAACUGUACACAGAAUCUCACCGAAGAAGGCGAACAGCAGCACAAAUGCUCAGCCCAAGCCUGUUGGGAAGAAGAGCCUGCUGCGGACGCUGCAGACGUUGGGAUCAGUACCAGAGUGGAAUAGGGACGAGCAUCAGCAGGACAGUGACAGUGAGACAGAGGGGGCUGUGUCCCAUGGCAAGAAGAAGAAAAAGAAACGAAAGAAAAAGAGAAAACAAGCAGUAACUACAGAAGUGCAGGCAGAGAACGGUGACAUACAUCAGACUCCAGAGGAGGAGAAAGUUGUAGCAAAAAAGAAGCGGAAAGACAAGAAAUUUGGGGACCAAAAGGUUAAAAGAACGCCUGCAGGCGAAACAGAGGAUAAAGAAAAAGCUACAUCUGUAAAAGCAAGUGUAAACACAGCAGAGGGCACACAGAGACUGAGCAGACAACAGUGGAAAAACAAAAUGAAGAACAAGAAGAGAUGUAAAAAUAAAUACAAAGAGAAGAAGCCAGAGGAGGCAGUAACCAAAGCAGAAUCAGCAGAGGAAAACAAACCAGAGGAAGAAGUCAAAACAGAUUCAUUUAACAACAAUAAUAGUGACAACAUCAGUCAGACACCAGCCAAGAAGAAGGACAAGGAGCGUAAAGCACAGAAGAGGAAAAAGACAGAAGCGGACAUUGAUGUGUCCUGUACAAUUGCAGCAAAGACACUCGGCGAAGAAAAGGAUGGCAAGGUUGAAAAAGGUGCAACAGGAUCCAAACAGAAAGUAGCUGAGCCUAAAGAGGAGAUCCCAGAUGAGCCACAGUCCCCAACAAAAAGACUGAAACCAGAGCUGAGCAAAGAACAGAGUCUAAAAAGAGAAAAGCUUCGUAAAAUUCUCAACAGCCAGGAAGAAGACCCUCAGGAGAGUCCAGCUGAGGGUAAAGAAGAGGCAGUAGGACAAGAGCCAGAGGUUAAACAGGACCGCUCCUCCUCCCUCAGGUCCCGCAUGGAGCAGCGUCUGGAGGCGGCUCGUUUCCGAUACAUCAAUGAAGUUCUGUACAGCACGACCAGUGGCGAGGCCAGGCGGAUGUUCAAACAGGAUCCACAGGCCUUUGGGAUCUACCACCGAGGAUACACGGCACAGGUUCAGAGGUGGCCUGCUAAUCCUGUGGAUGCUAUUAUCUCAUACAUUCGAAAAAGACCCCCCUCUCUCGUAGUCGCUGACUUCGGCUGUGGCGACUGUAAAAUCGCUCGCAGUGUGAAAAACAAAGUGCACAGCUUCGACUUGGCAGCUACUUGUGAGCUUGUCACAGUGUGCGACAUGGCUAACGUUCCUCUUCCUGACAGCUCUGUGGACAUCGUAGUGUUCUGUCUUUCUCUCAUGGGAAUCAACCUGGCAGAUUUCCUAGCAGAGGCCAAUCGUGUCCUAAAGAUGGGGGGUGUCCUGAAAAUAGCAGAAGUGGCGAGUAGAUUUGAGAACGUGCGGAGCUUCAUCACUGGGCUGGCAAAUCUCGGAUUCAAGAUGGUGUCCAAGGACACAGAAAACACUCAUUUCUACUCAUUUGAGUUCUUGAAGUCAGGAAAUGCUCCUGAAAAUGUGAAGAAGUUUGGUCUGCAGCUGAAGCCCUGUGUCUACAAGAAAAGAUGAUUUUAUGUGAGAGGACUUUUGUAUUACUUUGAGUUUUCCUCACUUUGUUUUUGUAUGUGCAGAUGUAAGUUUUUAUAUUAAAAAAAUUAAUUACAAUCACUCUCAUUCAAAUCUCACAGUUGUCAUUGUCUAAUUCAGAUUUCUCUUUUUCACUGCCCCAUGUUAAAGAUUAGCAGUGAAAUAUUUCUCUGCAGUGUUUGUUGUUAUUACAAUUUUUUCA